UAUUGUUGAGUUUCAAUGGCUUUUCAAUUAUCAUUCUUCGCGACCAUUGUUUGCCAUAAUAGAUAUGUCUGUGAUUUGUUGUCCUCCUCUUCUUCAUCAUUUCUUCUCUCAUUAUCACUACUCAAGACAUUGACUUCAUUUUAUUCACUGUUAUAUGUGUUGAUCAUAUUGUCUUCAGUGAUGAUCAUUCCCGCCAAAUGUGAUAAUACUGUUAACGAUAAGGUCUUCACCAACGAGUUUGCUGUUUGUCUUCAACCGGACAAAUGCGACGACUCUACGGCCGAGUCGUUGGCCAAUCGACACGGCUUUCAUUCAGUCGGAAAGAUCGGAUCCAUGGAUUGUCAUUAUUUAUUGAAACACAAUCACAUCUCGAAGAGAUCAACCGAUUAUUCGCAUUCACACCAUUCACGACUCAGUCAAGACAAUGAUGUCUUAUGGGUAGAACAACAACAUGUGAAGUCUCGUGUCAAGAGAGAUAACCCCAAUACUAACUACAGGUUCUCAACUAAGUCUCCAAUGCCAGACCCUCUCUAUAAAGAUAUGUGGUAUUUGAAUAAAGGAGCACUUGGAGGAUACGAUAUGAAUGUGAAGGGCGCCUGGAAUAUGGGUUACACCGGUAGGGGUAUUGUUGUGACAAUUCUGGACGAUGGCAUUCAACCAAAUCAUCCCGAUUUAGUCAGUAAUUAUGACCCUCAAGCCAGCUAUGAUAUCAAUGAUAACGAUCCGGAUCCGACUCCCCAAGACAAUGGUGACAACAAACAUGGCACCCGAUGCGCUGGUGAAGUGGCAGCACAGGCAUAUAAUGAGUACUGUGGUGUUGGCAUUGCAUUUAAUGCUAGCAUUGGCGGCGUUCGUAUGUUAGAUGGCACAGUCACUGAUGAAGUGGAGGCCCGAGCUUUGAGUUUGAAUCCAAAUCAUAUUGAUAUAUAUUCAGCCUCCUGGGGUCCAGAAGAUGAUGGAAAAACAGUGGACGGACCCGGAAGACUAGCACAGAGAGCCUUUAUUGAUGGCAUACGAAAGGGACGUCACGGACGUGGAUCUGUAUUUAUAUGGGCCUCAGGAAAUGGAGGUCGACGUCUAGAUAGCUGUAAUUGUGAUGGAUAUACCAAUUCAAUAUAUACUCUAUCAAUAAGCAGUGCCACUCAAAAUGGUGAAAAGCCAUGGUAUCUGGAAGAAUGUUCAUCCACUUUAGCGACAACUUAUAGCAGUGGAACGCCUGGACGUGACGACAAUGUUUUAAGUGUAGAUCAGGACACGACUUAUUUCAAAAGUCUAGAGAGUGGCGGAACUGUGGAUACGUCGCGUUUGUGCACUCGUUCACAUACUGGCACUUCAGCUUCAGCACCAAUUGCUGCAGCAAUAGUGGCGCUGGCACUUGAAGCCAACCCAACACUUACGUGGAGAGAUUUACAGCAUUUAGUUAUGCUGUCGUCCCGUUACGAACCGUUACGCCACGAAAGCGGUUGGCUUACGAAUGGUGUCGGCCGAAGAGUUAGCCAUAAGUUUGGUUACGGACUGAUCGACGCAACACAAAUGGUUCGUUUUGCCGAAACCUGGACACCAAUACCUGCUCAACGAAUAUGCGAAUCUCAUACAGAAGAUCGAGAACAGGAAAUACCGGCGCAUCCGAAGCGUCAUCUAGAAGUAACACUGAAUACCGAUGCUUGUAAAGACUCUUCGAGUGAAAUAAAAUAUUUAGAGCACAUCCAGGCAAAGAUUACACUCAAAUACAAACCACGCGGUAGUCUCAAGAUAUCUCUGGUCUCUCCGUCGGGAACUAUCACUCAUCUACUCUUUGCUCGACCUCGAGAUACCGAUGAGUCUACAUUUACCAAUUGGCCGUUUCUUUCGGUACACUUUUGGGGUGAGCCGGCAUACGGCAAGUGGAAGUUGAUUAUUCAAAAUGAUAGCCGUAAUCCUGCUCGACUUCCCGGUAAAUUGAUAUCAUGGUCACUCACAUUUCACGGCACAUAUGAACGACCCGCUAGUUUUCACUUUACGCCCAACCAGACUAUCCAUUAUCUGCCUCGAAGUGCAGCAAUUGAUAAAAUGAGUGAGUGCUUCAAACAGAAUAUGUUUCAGGCCUUAGAUUCAACCGAUUGUCUUAAACAAUGUCCACCCGGACAAUGGCCUAAUCAUCAGUUAGCUAUCUGUGAAAAAUGUAGUUCCGAGUGCCAGACUUGUUUUGGACCGGCCGGUGAUAAUUGUCUUUCGUGUCCUCAAAACAAGACAUUCUUUGGAUAUCAUUGUGUUAAACAAUGUCCCGAUAAAUACUAUAACGAUGUAAAGCUCAAUGAAUGUCUUCCGUGUCUAUCGAACUGUGAAACAUGUGAUUUAUCACCAAAUCAUUGCACUUCUUGUAAAAAAUCAUUACUUCUUAACGAUGAUCACAGAUGUGUUCUCAAAUGUGAUUCUUCUAACGACUCUAAAUGUCUUAAGUGUCAUAAUACUUGUGCCUCAUGUUAUGGAACUGCUGACAAUCAAUGUCUUUCAUGUUCUACUGGUAAAAGACUAUUGAAUGGUGUCUGUACUGACCAGAAAUGUCCGCAAAUGUUUUACGAAGAAUCUAACAGCGAUGGACUUCAAUGUCAAAGAUGUCAUAACACUUGUAAUGACUGUACGGGUUCGGCACAUAACGACUGUAUCUCCUGUUUCGCAAACGAAACCCUAACAGAGUAUGGCUUAUGUCUUAGUUGUUUGAGCGGUCAGUUCCUAAAUAUCAAGACAUCAAAGUGCGAGUCGUGUCACGUGAGUUGUUCCGCUUGUACCGGUCCGACAGCAACAGAUUGUGUCGACUGUAGAACUCCCUAUGCUUUAGACAACUCACGAUGUGUUCCCUGUUGUCCGGUAACUGUCAACGAUAUCAAUGGAAUUGCCGAAGAUAUGGACAAUUGUUGUCACUGUUUGUCCGAUACGGGUAUUUGUUCGAUAGUUGCUAUCGACAGAACCAGAAGUGUGUCUCAAGAGUCUGACUCGUGGUUAGGGAAGCAAAUGAAUGGAAAUAAUUCCCACAGACUUUUCGAAAAUCCUAUUACUGUUGUUGUGGUUAUAUGUUUGUCCGCUUUGUUUGUAUUUGUUAUCGUAUUCUCUAUUCUUCAAUACACAACUCGUUCCCAAAGAAGAGACAUCAAAAUGAAUGAAUAUCAGAAAGUGUCGACAAGUUUUGAAAAGAUGUCUGAAGUAAUUGGCGACGACUAUGAAGAGGAAGAAAGCCUUUUCGAGAAGACCUAG